UCUGCAAUUUCACUCGCAAAUAAACACGAGUUGCAUGCUUGGGUUCCAGUGGAAGGAGGAAGAGGAACUACUUUCCUCUUUCAAUCUUUGUCACAGCGAUCGCUGCGAGGGAGAGAGACUGCGAGCUGAAACAAGAAAUGGAUGAAGAAAGGAACAGAGCCGAGGCUCAACGAUGUAUCGAAAUCGCGGAGAAGCUACUCACGGCGCGAGAUCUCAUCGGGAGUAAGAAAUUUGCUGUCCGAGCUCAAGGGGUGGACCCACUUCUGGACGGCAUAGAUCAGAUCCUCGCCAUCGCCGACGUUCUUCUGGCUUCCGAGAAGCGGAUCAACAACCACCUGGACUGGUACGCUAUUUUGCAACUUGAUAGUCAGUCCGACGAUCUGGAGCUCAUCAGAAGAAACUACAGAAGACUUGCCUCGCUCUUGCAUCCAGACAAGAACAAGCGCGUCUUCGCCACUAACGCGUUCAAGCUCGUCGCCGAUGCUUGGACGGUGUUGUCUAAUCCAUCCAAGAAGUCUCUGUACGAUAAGGAGCUCAAUCUGUUCUCGAUUGCUUCGAAGAACGAACAACCUCGAGAGCAGCACUGCCACCAACGAAAGCAACCAGAACGACAUGAAGAAGGAGAAAUAGAAGUAGAAGAACACCCGGUUAGACGGAGCCCUAGAAAUAAGAAGCGGAAGUCACCGAGGGAGCCCAAGUCUACUUCAUUUAACGAGGGUAGGCCAGCGCUAUCGCCAUUAUUGACGACUUUCUGGACUGCAUGCCCUUAUUGUUAUAAUCUCUACGAGUACCCUAAGGUUUAUGAAGAAUGUUCUCUUAGGUGUCAGAAUUGUCGAAGGGCGUUUCAUGCCGCUAUGGUUCUCUCUCCUCCUCCUGUCGCUCCGGGAAAGGAGGUUUAUUACUGUUGUUGGGGUUUCUUCCCUUUGGGGUUCUCGUUGCCCAAUUUAGAUUCUACUAAAAAUGCAAGCUUUCCCAAUUGGAUGCCUUUCUCUCCGAUGGUCGCUCCCCCUGCUCAACCGUCAGAGGGGAAACGGAACAAGAGAGCACCCAAUACUAGUUUAGGUGUUGAAGAUGUUUCCGAUGAAUGCGAUUUGUCUCCUGACACCAACAUUAGAAAAAAGGGGAGAACCGCCGAUGUCAAGGAGAAAGCUUCGACGAUUAAGAAACCUGGGGGAUUGCGGACGGAUAAUGCAAACAGGGGAAAUGAUUACUCUUCGGGGCCAAUGAGAAAGGAUUGUCAGGGUUCUCAAGAUGGAAAUGUAGCUCGAAGAGGUAAGCAGACAGAGGUGCCCAAAGUUGCAUCACCUCAGAAGAAGAGAAAGAAAAAGAUGGUGGCAAAGAAAACAAAGAAGCAGAUGCGCAAAAGCUCACCCAGUAAGAAGGUCGAAAGAAAAUCACCCCAAGAAACUGAGAAAGGGGAUUUGAAUGAAGAGUUGAGGAAUGAGGUAGAAAAGUCUACACCUGCAACGGGUGAAAGCACAGACACAGGAACCAAAGAUGAAGAUCCAGGGGUUGGCUUUUUUGAGGGACUUGACGAUAUCAUUGGCAGUCUGCCAAUUCUCUCUGUUGUAGAGGAUAACAAGGUUGAUGGUGCGGGGGUGUAGAACGCCUGAUGUUUAUAUUUGUAACAUUUUGGAUAGUCUGAAAGACAAGCAAUCAGAAGAUGCCGCUGACUGGAUGGCUAUUUUUGAUAACCUGAUGAUGGGCAGUCUGCAAAUACUUUCUUCUGUAGAGCAUGGAAAAUUGAAGAUUCAGGAAGAUUUUAUCUUCAUCCUUUUCUGCUUUUGCUGGGAUACAUAGGCAGGUGGAGACUCUGGUGCGUCACUGGAACCACGAGUAAGAAAUCACAGUGAAUCAGCAUCAGCACUCGGCAGGACCAAUGGAAAGCGAAAAAACUACAACAAUGAAUCGCCAACUCGGCCGAUUCAUGUCCCCAGCUUUUAAAACAUUUCUUAGUGGCAGAAGGCGUUUGACGACUACACGGCCAACUGAUUGAAGUAGAAUAGGAGAAUGGAAAGACUGAAAGGGAUCCUUGGGGGGCCUAAGGGACCGAGUCCUGUUUUUGGGGCCCGCAUAAUUGAACAGGGGAUAUGGUUCUCACAGGGCAAGGUUCAAAACAUCGAUAUGCCUGAUACGCUGGUA